UCCCUUGGCAGCGGCCGCUGUGGCCCAGAGAGUAGGAAGCAGUUCCUGUCUCACGUCCACCUCUCGGCAAUAUGUGAGACCUGUACAAGAAACCCUUUCUGUCUCAGUCUAGCUCAUCUGUAAAGCUGGGAGACUACUGCCUUGCGGGGUUGGAAAGAAAAGAGAGAACGUCUGCGAAGCGGGAGCGCUGUUGUCAAGUGCAAGCAAAGGAAUCCCGACCCAAGGCAACAGGACUGGGGGUGACUCUGUCGGUUCUCCAAACUCCCUGGCGCCUGACCCACCUCGCGGUGGACAGUGCGGAAGGGUCCCCUGGCCAUCCCAGCCCUGCCCCGCCCCCGCCGCGUUUCCUCGCGCUGCUCCGCCCCGGCUGUGGGGAGGUGCAGCGGCUCCUGCAACCCGGAACCUUUCCACACGCUUGCUGGCCCCGCGGAGCCUCCGGCGGAGCAGGAACCUCAGCCCAUCCGAGACCAUGGAUAAGUACGAUGUGAUUAAGGCCAUCGGGGAAGGUGCCUUCGGGAGAGCAUACUUAGCUAAAGGGAAAUUGGAUAGCAAGCAUUGUGUCAUAAAAGAGAUCAAUUUUGAAAAGAUGCCCAUACAAGAAAAAGAAGCUUCAAAGAAAGAAGUCAUUCUUCUGGCAAAGAUGAAACAUCCCAACAUUGUAGCCUUCUUCAAUUCAUUUCAAGAGAAUGGCAGGCUGUUUAUUGUGAUGGAAUAUUGUGAUGGAGGGGAUCUCAUGAAAAGGAUCAGUAGACAACGGGGUGUGUUAUUUAGUGAAGAUCAGAUCCUCAGUUGGUUUGUACAGAUUUCUCUAGGACUAAAACAUAUUCAUGACAGGAAGAUAUUACACAGGGACAUGGACAUAAAAACUCAGAACAUUUUUCUUAGCAAGAAUGGAAUGGUUGCAAAGCUUGGGGACUUUGGUAUAGCAAGAGUCCUGAAUAAUUCCAUGGAACUUGCUCGAACUUCUGUUGGAACAGCUUACUACCUGUCCCCAGAGAUCUGUCAGAAUAAGCCCUACAACAAUAAAACGGUUGCACAGCCAGUGUCUGACCAAAACUUUGAGGGUAGCAACUUACAGCAGCUGGUUCUCAAGAUUUGUCAAGCACAUUUUGCUCCAGUAUCUUCAAGGUUUUCUCAUAACCUGCAUUCCUUGAUAUCUCAGCUCUUUAAAAUAUCUCCUCGAGAUUGACCCUCCAUAAAUUCCAUUUUGAAAAGGCCCUUUUUAGAGAAUCUUAUUCCCAGAUAUUUGACUCCUCAGGUCAUUCAGGAAGAAUUCAAUCACAUGCUUACAUGCAAAGCAGGAGCGCCAGCUUCUCGACAUCCUGGGAAGGUGGUCCAGAAGUGCAAAAUACAAAAAGUGAGAUUCCAGUGAAAGUGCCCACCAAGAUCUAGGAUAUCUGUGCCAAUUAAAAGGAAUGCUAUAUUGCAUAGAAAUGAAUGGAGACCACCAGCUGGAGCGCAGAAGCCCAUAUCUAUAAAAAUUAUAGGAAGGCCCAAACUUGCUGCUGUGUGUGGACAUUUUGAUUACUAUUAUGCUCAACUUGAUAUGCUGAGGAGGAGAGCCCACAAACCAAGUUAUCACCCUAUUCCUCAAGAAAAUACUGAGGUUGAGGAUUACAGUCAGGAAGAGAGGCAUGGCCUAUCCGCAAUUCAAUGGCCUGCUGAGUACCUUCAGAGAAAAUUUGAAGCUCAACAAUAUAAGCUGAAAGUGGAAAAGCAAUUGGGUCUUCGUCCAUCUUCUGCAGAGCCAAAUUACAACCAGAGAGAAGAGCUAAGAAGUAAUGGAGAAGAGCCUAGAUGCCAGGAGCUGCCAUUUAGGAAAAACGAAAUGAAGGAACAGGAAUAUUGGAAGCAGUUAGAAGAAAUACGCCAACACUACCACAAUGACAUGAAAGAAAUUAGAAAGAAGAUGGGGAGAGAACUAGAGAUAAUAUAAUUUGUGUUAAAGGAGAACUCAAAAAUAAGUCAUAAUACCUAUUUGGUGAAGAAGAGUAACCUACCUGUCCAUCAAGAUGCGUGUGAGGGAGAAGCACCUGUGCAGGACAUUGAAAGAGACUUGAAACAAAUUAGGCUUCAGUAUACAAAGGAAAGUAAAAAUCGAGAACAGAGAUAUAAAGCUAAGAAAGGGGUAAAGUUUGAAGUUAAUUUAGACAAAUGUAUUUCUGAUGAAAACAUCCUCCAAGAAGAAGAGGUAAUGGAUAUACUAAAUGAAACUUUGACCUUUGAGGAUGGCAUGAAGUUUAAGGAGUAUAAAUGUGUAAAGGAGCAUUGAGAUUAUACAGACAAAGCAUUUGAAAAACUCCACUGCCCAGAAACAGGUAUGGGUCUCUUGAAAGUUGUAACUGAGAAGGAACUGUUUUAUUAGCAACCCAUCUUGAACUCUGUCCCCAUGCAUCUGCCUCGCCUUCACUGUUAUUUGACCCUCUCUGCUCUCCCUGAGCAAGGAAGAAACACACUUCCUAUUCUCCUGCCA